GGACUGCACUUCGUGUCAGCCAUGGCCCCAAACAUCAGAGCCAUUAUGAGACGCAGAGCGGCGGCAAAGCGGUCUGAAGGUGACGAUGGAACCAGCUGCAAGGUUAGAAAAAAACAGUGCACAAAGGCCGAUCACGAGGCUGCCUCGACGUCUUCGAGUUGUGCCUCCGCUCCGAGCCACAAGGGGCUCUCGGCCAGAGACCUGAACAAAGUCAGGAACCGGCUCCAUGCCCGUUUUUCUGCAUCUGGACAAACUUCCGAAGAUCCGCUACCCUGCGGCGAAGAUGCCGUCGACGACAGCGACAAGAAACAGACCAGCUACACGCCACUUGAGAGCCAAGUGAUCGCGAUCAAGGCGCGCCAUCCAGACACUGUCCUCAUGGUGGAAUGUGGCUACAGGUUUCGUUUCUUCGGGGAAGACGCCGAAUUGGCAUCGAGGGAGCUUCACAUCAUGUGCACUCAGAGUCACCACUUUCCGACAGCCAGCGUACCCGCCCACCGCGUCGGAGUCCACCUCGAGCGCCUCGUCUCUCUCGGCCACAAGGUGGGCAUUGUGCGGCAGACAGAGUCUGCUGCGCUCAAGUCGGUCGGUGCAUCGAAGUCGACGGUGUUCUCAAGGGAGCUCUCUGCUCUCUUCACCAAAUCAACGCUCGUUGGAGAAGAUCUGCAGUUGAGUGGACAGUGCCAGUCCACGGGUGCCUACCUGGUGUCGGUCGGCGAGUCUGAAUGCACCACACCAAACCACGUCCUCGUCGGAAUCGUGGUAUGUGACGUCGUCUGA